UCCUCCGACCAUGACAGGCUCAUGUUACAUAUCAUGACGUCCUAUUUUUCGUUUACGUUUACAUUCAUUGUGAAUAAAUACCAAGCGAUUUAUAUCAUUUAGUUAGCUUGAUUAUUCUUGAAAGAAAAACAUAUUAUUGUGAGGCUUUUCACCUGGGCAAAAACAGGCAAAGUCAGUGAAACCACGCCAUAUAAAUUGGUGUGUAAACUGCACGACAAAAUUCCUAAUCUUACACAUAGCAAAGAGAGAUGGGGACUUUUUCGCGCACAUUUCUGAUCAUCACCACACUCUUCAUCAAGGACGUUAGCUGUGAGAAUCUCGAAUGUCCACCUGUACAAGAUAUUGGUCCCUCGCAGUGCGUAAAUGAAUGUUCGCCUACAAAGCCCUGCACAUCGCCUUUAUUAUGCUGUCCAGGAAGCUGCCGAAAACAGGAUUCGCAGAACCAGGAUGUUAAUAUAACGUACACGAGAUGCUUACCUCGAGACCUAUGUCGUGAUGGUGUUUGUAAGAAUGGUGCUACUUGUUUAUUAGACUCUACAAAACCUGAAGGUUACAGGUGUGACUGCGUAGUUGGAUAUGAUGGAGCACAAUGUGAACAUAAUAUAGAUGAUUGUCGCCCCGAUCCAUGCUUAAAUGGGGGAAAAUGUGAGGAUUUGGUGAACAACUAUACAUGUUGCUGCCCCUAUGGAUUUACUGGCAAAAAUUGUGAUACUGAAAUACUCCCUGUAUGCCAGCAGAAGAUGCCGCCACCAGAACGUUCACCUUGUUUUGAGAAAAAAUGUGAAAAAUAUGAAGAUGCGAGAUGUGUGCCGAUGUUUAAAUUCAUAAGGACAGUAGGAGGGGAAGAAGAGGAUGUUACCGAAGAUUGUGAACGUCAAGAACAUAGAGGACGCAAAAAGUUUACAAAUUUGUGAUGACAGUCAAUGUUUGUGAAGUCACUACCGUAAUAAAAUAUAAAUACUUUUAA